AGAGCCAUUUUGUUUUGCUGUUUUCUGCAAAGUCAUUUUUUCGUUCCACAUGAACUAAAAACCUUGGACGUUAUAAGUUUUGUAUCCUGCUUCCUUCUGAUUUGUCCACACGUUGAGUUGCAGCCAUCUCCUUCCUAUCUAACAGAGAAGACAACACUUAGCAACAACGUUGCCCACAUUCUUUAUCACUUCCAGGAUCCAUUCCACAAUCGUAUCACUAUGAGUGCCACGUCAGAAAAGGUUGAUGUAGCCCUUUUCUACCACAAGAAAUCUAAACGGGCACGCAAUAUUGAGAAGGAACUACGCAUACUUACUAAAGAGGACGGAAAGUGUUUAAAUGUAGGGUCAUAUGAAGAUCUGCCACUUGGAAAUUCCAAAGUAAAAUCACGCAUUUUGCUGACGAAAUCUGCGCUUGUGAUUUGUAUAAUCUCUACACCUGACUUUAGCAGAGACAAUUGGAAUGAGUUUGAAUCAAAUAUAUCUGUUCAUGAGGUGGCCAAGACUGGAAAGAAAAAGAUUGUUCACGUCCAGCUCUGUGAAACGAACCAAGUCUCUGAUGUUCUUCAGCAUUUGGAGUGCAUUGAAGGAUUUAGUAGAUCUAACAAAGACGUCGUGUUAGAGAUAAAGAACGUCUAUGAUCGUGAAUUACUUUUGGAAUCUCUUGCGAACAUUGCUAUUGAAGACGUUGGAGAACUGCCCCAAAACCUUGUAAAGGUUACAAUGAUAAUCAAAGAAGCAGUUAUCGCACUGGCUGAUCACUUCGAAAUUGACACCAAGAUGAAGGAGUUGCACCAAAAAAUGAAAGAAGAAAUCGCCAGCCACACAGGGGAGUGGAUUAAUGAGAUAAAAAAAACAAAGUAUUGGACAGAAGGUUCGACACCGAAGCUAUGCAACGUCAAGCAUACAUCAGACGUUGACCAUCAGACGUUGAUCAUCCAUCAGCUGAACAAUGCACAAUCAGGCUACCUCAAGCUUGCCUCUGGGUUUCUGUUUAAGAAACAAAGUGCACCGUCCACCAAUGAAAGAAAUAUCCUGGAGUACUGUGAUACCGAUGGAAUUCUUCAGCUUCUCAAAAGGUGCAGUGUUUUCAAGAUCAACCCUGAAAACAUUGUUAAGCUUGGUACGGUACACGAAAUUCGCCACGAGCUAGCGCAUCACAAGUCCGUAACAAAUGCAGAACAGGACAAACAAUGGAAAGAUGAAGCCACAGAGAAGGUUAAAGACAACCUGUAUGGGAUACUUGGACGAAAGAAAUAUAAAGACCUUGAAGAAUGCGUAAACAAGAUAAGGGAUAUGGAGAUACAAGCUACCACUGUCGGGCAAGACAAGCAGUUAAAGAAAGAGCUCCAUAUUGUGAACGACGAACCCUCCCCAUAACUUCAAGUCACAAUUAUGGCGUCGGUCUACAUGUACAUGACCUUUGACCUAAUGGCAGCAAACUACCGCCGAUAGUCUCUUGUAUAAACACAAAUGACCGUAGGAAACUGGCAUGAAUGCUACAACAUUUUCUGACAUUAUUUUUACCACCAUAUUUAGGGGAUUAGCUACAGCCACACUCCAUGUUUAUCCACUGAUUUUAAAGGCACUGCCGUCGAUUUCACCAAACUCUUCCUAACUUUUACGUAACGGACUUAUUGGUCCCAA